AUGAAGGAACCUUCCGCAAAGGAGCUUGAACGAUGGAAGGCUCACGUUCUUAGUGGACACGACGAGGCUUGCGUGACUGGAAAGAACCUGUUGAAAUAUGGUUUGGUCGGAGCACUUCGUGUCCCGAAGGUAGCUGUCACAGCCCCUUCUGAGAUUCCCGGAAACCCUGGAAUUGAGGAGUUGUACGGGGCUGUACAUCCUCCAGGAGAGGCGGAGGAGGAUGAGGACUUUGAUUAUGAGCCGUCCAUUCCAGGAAACCAGGAGGAGGAAGAAUUCCCAGAGUUUAAUUUUGACGAGGUGUUUGGCCAUGAAGGGAUUUAUGCCGUGAAGGAAGGCUCAUCGGAUCCACCAGAAGGAGGCCCAUCGGGCUUAGAUCAGACUGGUUCUCAGGGCCUUCAGCAUUCUCUAGAGUCCGCCCCAGAGCUUCCUUCAGAUCACGAAGGAUUAAGGGCCAUGGUUCAGGACUUGGCACAACCUGUGGAACAGGUCGUAUUCCGAUACUUCGUUGCACUGAGGAGCAAAACCGGAGCCGAUGUGGCUGACGCUCUGCAAAGGAUGGUGUUGGAAAUUAAUAAGAAGUUUCCAGUUCGGGUGUUGCAUGCGGACUUGGGAACAGAGUUUACCAGUACGGCUCUGACCAGAUGGUUGACUGAGCAGAACAUCAGGCUACAGCAUACGUUGCCGACAGAUAAGAAGAGUAACGGGUUGGCUGAGCGAACUGUUGGGUGGGUGAAAAGCCGUGCUAGGUGGGCUGUGAGCUCUCAUAACCGAAGUAUUCUCGGUUUGCCGUGGAUAGAGGCUAGGUACGCAGCGCCGCACCUGACGAUUUCCGAGGGCCAUGUUCUCGUAACCGAUAAGGGCAACUUAGUGGCUUCAAGAGGAUUUAAGUCGGAGCUUGUCGAUCCACAUAAGCUUGAAGGUUUGGACAUACCGGCUCUGCAAGAAGAGGUAGAGGCUGUAAGUGACAACUUGGAUCUUGAGGAUCCCAGUUCUCCAUUACCUUCCAGGCGCUUGAGGAGGAAGACAGCUGUGCGGUUUGUGGAAUGCACAUCUGACUUGAGCGCUGAUGACUUCGCAGCUAAGUUGUGGGUUGAUAAGGAGUAUGACUCAAGGCCGAAGACACAGGCUGGACCUGCCGUGGAUUGGGAGUCUGAGGACGUUUCAGUGAUUAGCGAAGGACCAGUCAAGGCUGUAGGUUGGAAUGAGAAUGAUUCGGACUUGGAUUCAGAAGCUGAGGAGGAGCCUCAGCCUCAGGACUCACCCAAUCUGCCAACAACUGAGUCCCUUGAGCAAGACAUACAACCGGACUCUGUCACCCAGAUUAUAGGUUGGGAUUCUUCCAAUGGGGAACCUCACAACUAUCAACCGGCCAACUUGGAGGAGAUGGAGAUGGCCAGGUAUCUAGCCGAACGUAACGCAGAGAGCUACUGUGGGAGGCUCACAUUCAUGGGAGUACAGUCCCCGGCGGAUUUGCCGUUCUUGUAUGUGGAGGACUUGAUGGAGUUUGGUAUACCGGGUGAGGUUAGGCUGUUUGACAGGAGCCAGCGCCAGAUCCCAUGGGUCUUUCAGCUGCCAUUGGGGAUGGACCAUAUGCACUUGUUGGCCAAGAGCAACCAGCUCUACCCGCACUGGAACAUGCACCUCCUCAGUCAUCGGCCUCAGGGUGGUGAGAAGCCUUCUGGUUCUGCGGAUGUUCCACAUUGUCCCGUAGGUCAGCCAGAGAGUUAUGCCGAGGAGGAGUCAGAGAUUCUUGCUGUAGAUGGAACCCUUGAUGCGUUGAAUGUGGUGGCAGAUCCCAUGCGUGCUUUGGAGUCGCACAGGUCUCAGGUGCCGGAUCAUAGUGAGGAAGCCCAGGGUCUUGAAUCACCGCUACAAGUGGUGCACAACGUGGCACCAGCGGAGGUGAGGGCUCACUUGGAAAAGUGGAAGAGCGCAGCACUUCGAGAAGCAGCGGUGGAAGGUACUCAGAUACUCCCGGCGAAGGCAGUAUUUACAGUCAAGCCUGGAUCCGCUAAGGACUUCUAUCGACGGAAGGCUGAGAAGACCCGCAUCAUGCUCCGUCCGCCACGAAUUCUUGAAUUACUUCAGAUUACCCAGCCAGGGGAGCUUUGGUAUAUAGAAAGGGCAAUCUACGGCCAACGGCAGUCCCCCCGCUGGUGGGGGGACCACCGCGACAGCGUCCUCAGACAAGCAUCUUGGGUUGGAACGAGAGGCGUCGUGAAGAUGUCCCAAUCUGAUGUGGAAGGGAAUUUAUGGACCCUAGUACUGGAGACGGGGGAGACCAUAGGUCAUGCAAUCGUAUACGUGGACGACGUCAUGCUGUUAACUUCAAGGGCCGAAGCCGAGCUAGCGCACGCGUGGAUAAGGAGUACCUGGGAGUGCACAGACUUACAGACGACAACACCGGAGGCUGCAAUAACGUUUCUGGGAGUCGAGAUACAGUCUGAGUACAAUCUGGAGGGGAACUUGUUGGGUUUUUCCUUGCGACAACGAGGAUAUAUCCAGGAGCUCCUGAGGUGCUACAACAUCGCUCCGCGAGCCAAGCAAGGUGUCUUACCCAAGGACUGGGUAAAGGACCUCCCAGAGGAGGAGACCUAUGAUGAGAACACGCUUCGGAUGGCUCAGAAGAUAACAGGAGAAUUAUUGUGGUUGACACAGAGGUCCAGGGUUGACUUGGCCUUUGCAGUUUCUCUAAUGGGUUCGUGGACAACUAGAUCGCCGUCGUUUGUUUACAAGAUGGGCAUACGGUUGUUGCAAUUUCUGGGAAGUACGUUGGAGCACAAGCUUUCAUUGGUUCCAGCACCGGAGGCCGAGAAGGAGCAAGAGUUGGUGGUCGAACACUGCCCGGGCGAACGCCAGUUGGCAGAUGCGUUGACGAAGAUUCUGCCUGGCCCCCGCCAAGGUCAGAACCGGUUGAGGCUGUUGAUGUUGAUCCUGAUGAUUCAGAUGAUGGAAUGUGAUUCUGUCGAAGAUGAGGAUGAGGCAAGUAUUGUUUGCAAUGGAGGUACAGGUCUCAGCAGUAUGAGGAAGUUUCUGUAA